GACCAAGCAGAACAAUUCUUUAGAAGCGGCCAUACCAACAACUGGGCUGUUUUGGUGUGCACAUCGAGAUUCUGGUUUAAUUACCGACAUGUGGCAAAUACUCUUUCUGUCUAUAGAAGCGUCAAGAGACUAGGUAUUCCUGACAGCCACAUUGUCCUGAUGCUUGCUGAUGACAUGGCAUGCAAUGCCCGAAACCCCAAGCCAGCCACGGUGUUCAGCCACAAGAACAUGGAGCUCAAUGUGUACGGAGAUGAUGUAGAAGUGGACUACAGGAGCUAUGAGGUAACUGUGGAGAACUUUUUGCGGGUGUUAACCGGGAGGGUGCCACCCAGCACUCCUCGCUCCAAGCGCCUUCUUUCUGAUGACAGAAGCAAUAUUCUCAUUUAUAUGACAGGUCAUGGGGGAAAUGGUUUCUUGAAAUUCCAAGAUUCUGAAGAAAUCACCAACAUAGAACUUGCGGAUGCUUUUGAGCAGAUGUGGCAGAAAAGACGCUACAAUGAGCUGCUGUUUAUUAUCGACACCUGCCAAGGCGCGUCCAUGUAUGAGCGGUUUUACUCCCCUAACAUCAUGGCCUUGGCUAGUAGCCAAGUGGGAGAGGACUCGCUGUCGCAUCAGCCAGAUCCUGCAAUUGGAGUCCAUCUUAUGGACAGGUAUACAUUUUAUGUCUUGGAGUUUUUGGAAGAGAUUAAUCCAGCUAGCCAGACUAAUAUGAAGGACCUUUUUCAAGUUUGUCCCAAAAGUCUCUGUGUAUCUACUCCUGGACAUCGUACUGACCUUUUUCAGAGAGACCCUAAACAUGUCCUGAUAACCGAUUUCUUUGGAAGUGUGCGGAAAGUGGAAAUCACAACAGAGACGAUCAGUCUGCAACAGGCUUCACCGGUCGUGGAGAGCAGCAACGAGGAACACGAGAUGGUGGAGGAGCCCAUAGACCCUCUCAAGUACGCCGAGCAGCUCCCGGUGGCUCAGAUAAUACACCAGAAACCGAAGCCAAAAGAUUGGCACCCUCCUGGUGGCUUCAUUCUGGGAUUGUGGUCUCUCAUCGUCAUGGUCUUCUUUAAGACCUACGGCAUCAAGCAUAUGAAGUUCAUCUUUUAGGCCCAAGGAUGUCGGAAGCAGAGCAGAUGGAAGAUUGCAGCCUUGGAUGAAAGCAUAGGUUUUUAUAUAUUUUUAAAUGGGUUCAUUUUGUGUAAAUUUGGGAAGAAAUUAGGAAAAACUAAUUUUAAUGAACUUUUGACUUUAUCAUUUAAAAUAUUGUUAAUGCACUUAUUUUAUUGCCCAUUAAAUGUGUUUUUCAUUGUUUGUGCGUGUGUGUUAUAGAAACUGUGGGACAAUGACAUUGGAACAUAAUAAUUGAUUUUUUUAUCCUCUUUUCAUUGUAAAAGUAAGAAUUGUGGAAGUGUUAAUUACCACUAAAGAGGUAACUUCUGUUAAUAACUCUC